UAUCCAUACCAGAGAAGACUAUAUACAAUUUAGUUGUAUUACUUUACUAAUUUUUAGUAUAUACUUGAUAUACUAAAAAUAACUAUUUAAAUAAAAUAUUUUAAAAAAUAUAAAAAUGAAGUACUACUUAAUCUCAGCUAUUCUUAUUCUUGGAUCAAAUGCACAGGAAACUUUCAAAUGCCCUGAUGAUUUUGGCUUCUAUCCUCAUCAUUUAUCAUGUGACAAAUAUUGGAAGUGUGACAAUAAUGUUGCUGAGUUAAAAACUUGUGGAAAUGGUCUUGCUUUUGAUGCUUCAGAUGCUAAAUUUCUUACUGAAAAUUGUGAUUAUUUGCACAAUGUUGAAUGUGGUGAGAGAACGCAACUUGAGCCUCCAAUCAGCACUCCUCACUGCUCUCGUCUCUAUGGUAUUUUUCCGGAUGAGAAAAAAUGUGACGUCUUCUGGAAUUGCUGGAAUGGCGAAGCAUCCCGGUACCAAUGCAGUCCUGGACUUGCUUACGAUCGCGAAGCUCGUGUUUGUAUGUGGGCCGAUCAAGUAGCUGAAUGCCGAAUUGAUGAGGUAGCUGGAGGCUUCGGAUGCCCAGCUGCUGGAGAAAUUGCUGGAGCUUCGGGAAGCUUUUCCAGGCACGCACAUCCUGAAGACUGCAGAAAAUACUAUAUUUGUAUAGAAGGUAUUGCUAGAGAAUACGGAUGUCCUGUUGGCACUGUUUUCAAAAUUGGUGAUUCCGAUGGAAGUGGUGCUUGCGAAGAUCCAGAAGAUGUUCCCGGAUGUGAGGAUUACUACGGUGACUUGGAUCUGAAAAGCAUAAGAAAAAGUGAACUUCUGGCUGGUAUAGAUCAAUCAAAUUCAGGCAAACCACAAGCAAAGCCCAGGCCGAAUCACGUAUCAUCGAGACCUCAACCUGUUCAAGAAUAAUUAAAUAUCAUUACUGAUAAUCAUUUUACUUUCUUCACUAAUAUUACGUAAAAAAAUUCUCAAUAUCUUUAAGAUGAUUAAAAGUUCAUCGUGAUGUUGGUUGGAGUGCCAAAGCUGUGACAAAAUUGUAAAAAAAGAUCAAAUAUGAAAAUUUUUAUAUCUUGGCUAUUUAAAUAUGUAUAAAAAAAAAUUUGCCUUAUUGUUCAUAACUAUUUUUAAAUGAAAAUAAAAAACAUUAAUAAAUA